AUGGCCAACUUGUUGCAAGGAAAAUUGGGAGUGAUUACAGGCGGUGGCUCGGGAAUUGGUCGGGCGAUUUGCCAGCGUUUAGCCGCACAAGGAGCCCGUUUAAUCGUUGUGGACAGACAUGAGGAAUCCGCGUCAAGCACCGUUUCUCAACUCGAAGGACAAGGACAUAAAAGUUUUGCCGGUGAUGUUAGCAAGAGCGCCGACGUGGAGAAUCUCCGAAAAUUCGCGGUCGAUCACCUCAAAGGAGCGCCAAAUGUUGUGGUGAAUUGCGCGGGGAUCACAAGAGAUGCAACUUUGUUGAAAAUGUCCGAACAAGCGUUUGACGAUGUGGUGGCUGUGAAUUUGAAAGGGGUGCAUUUGGUAACGCAAGCUUUCGCCCGUGAAGCAGUUGCAAAUCAAGCACUUCUUUCUGUCAUUAAUGUUUCGAGUAUUAUUGGAAAGGUCGGAAACUUUGGCCAAACAAAUUACGCAGCGACGAAAGCUGGAGUGAUCGCUUUCUCAAAGAGUGCCGCCAAGGAAUUAGCGAAAAAGGGAAUCCGCGUGAAUGCUGUUCUUCCUGGUUUCGUCGAGACACCGAUGACUACAGCAAUGCCGCCAGAUGUGCUCAAGUCGAUUUGCGCGGGAAUCCCAAUGGGACGAAUGGGUCAUGCUGACGAGAUCGCGAAUGGUGUCCUGUAUCUAGCCUCGGAUCUCUCCUCUUAUGUAACUGGGGCUCAAUUGGAGAUCACCGGUGGAUUGUAUAUG